GUAACCAGACAAGAUUGUUAUCUAAAUCAGUAUAGCAUCGCAUCACACAGUUCCAGCAUCAACAUCAAUUGUUUCUCGUACCUCCGUAGCCUGCCCACUUAAACUAAAGACGUCCAAACAGGUGUUUGUUUCUGCUGGCCUGCUUCUCCUGCUUCUAUCAGUCCGGUUUGCAGUAUUGUUCGAGCUGUGCGGUUUGUUUCUCGUUCAAAUUGUCCGUUCAAUGUCCGACGCCAAAACGCGCUUUUCGCGAUGAUUGCUUUGGUGUAGUAUUUUCAUAUUUUGUGAAUUUUAGUUGUACUUUGAGUUUUUGAGGAAUCAUGGCUGCAAACAACGGUACAACUGUGGUCGACAAUGGAAGUUCCACUUUGGAAAUUGGUCAAAGCAACCAGGACUUGAUAUUGUCUAACACUAAGCGGAAAAAGCGAAUGUGGAUUAUAGGCUCAAUAACUGGUGCUGUAGCAAUUGCUCUGGUGAUUACUGCAAUUGUUAUUCUAGUCAAAGCGAAGAAAGUAGAAGAGGAGGCGAUUACACUGAACUUAGAAGACUUUUUAAAUUACAAAUAUAAUCCGAAAAGUUUUAAUGGAACUUGGGUGUCAGGAAAUAAAUUCCUCUACACAGAUUCCGAUGGUAAUUUACUUUUAUACAACCUAGAAACAAGCGGAACCAGUACCCUUUUAACUUUUAAUGACAGUAUUAUCUUGACUGCUUUCGAUUUUAGUAUGUCAGCCAAUGGAGAGUAUUUGCUCGUAGCAUACGAUUAUCAAAAGCUUUACAGACAUAGCUACAGAGCUAAAUAUAUUAUAGUCAAUUUAUCUACCAAUACGAGGAUUGCUUUGGAGACUGAAGACUCAGGCAUUGAUUUCUUUUUGGUUCAAUGGUCUCCAGUAGGUAGUGCUUUUGCUUAUGUUUACAGGAACAACAUUUACCAUAAAGAAUCACCAGAAUCUACAGUAACUACAGCUCUUACAAAUACCAGUUCAACCGAAUUUAUUUUUAAUGGAAUACCGGAUUGGGUUUAUGAAGAGGAAAUAUUCAGUUCAAASAAAGCUCUUUGGUUUUCUGGAGAUGGUAGAAAAAUAGCUUAUGCUCGAUUCAAUGACAACAACGUCGAAGCAAUGGUUGUGCCAAUAUAUGGAGAGCCUGGAACUUUAUACUCCCAGUAUCCUCGAGCCAAUUUUGUGAAGUAUCCUAAACGAACCAAUACUAGCUGCUGUAACUUGGGCAACUAAUAAUUCUCUUGUUGCCGUGUGGAUGAAUAGAAGGCAAAACCAAGCAAACGUGGUUGUUUAUGCAGAUUUAUCUGCCACUCCAACAACGGUAAAAGCAAUCGAAGAAACAGCUGGUUGGGUGGAACUAUUUGUGCCUCCUAUUAUUUCCAAAAGUGGCACCCAAAUGGCUUUAUUGCUAUCUAAAAAUGAAGGAACUACCACUGGCUCGUAUCGACAUUUGGCUCUUCUUGAUAUAACCGACGGUGCAAAUGCAGAAUUUCUUACUAAUGGUACUUAUGUUGUUACCGAAGUCCUUGGCUGGAACCACGAUGAAAAUCUGAUAUACUACACUGCUACGGUGGAAGACGACUCUUCCGUUCAGCAUAUUUACUCCGUUUCCCCUGUGUACAAGAACCGAACGUGUAUUAGUUGUUCUUUGAAAUCGAAAAAUGGUGGCAAUAAUUGUUUGUACAACACUGGGGAACUCAGCACUGAUGCCAGCCAUUUGGUGUUCACUUGCAGUGGUCCUGAUGUACCACACAUUGCAAUUCACUCUGUAGAUGGAACGGAAAAGCUACUGUGGUCUGGAAAUGAGGAUUUGGUGGGUUUGUUGCAAGGGAAAACCUUACAUGGGAAAGUGAAACUUGAGUAUGAUAUAGCUGAUGGGUUUACCGGUAGAGUUCUUUUGAAAUUGCCUCCUAAUCUGGACACGAGCGGAAACACUAAAUACCCCAUGCUAGUAAAUGUGUAUGGCGGCCCAGACACAUACCAGGUAACAGAUAAAUAUAGCAUCGAUUGGGGCAGUUACUUAGCAGCCAAUAAAAGUAUUAUUUACGCAACAAUUGAUGGUCGAGGAUCAGGACUGCGCGGUAAUAAUCUUCUCUAUGCAGGAUAUAGAAAAUUGGGUACUGUAGAAGUGAUUGACCAGAUAAAUAUUACGAAAUUCUAUUUACACUGAACGCUUCAUGGGUUUGCCAACAACAAGCGAUAACUUGGAGGGCUAUGAAAACGCUCAACUUCUGAAAAAGUAUGCGGGAUUGAAAAAUAAAGAUUACUUUUUGAUCCAUGGAACUUUCGAUGAUAAUGUUCACUACCAGCAGUCCAUGAUGUGGGCUAAAGUGCUUGAGAGGAAUGACAUCCUCUUUAGACAAAUCAGCUAUACUGAUGAAGACCACAGUCUCAGUUCCGUUCGUCCUCAUUUGUAUCAUUCUUUGGAAAAUUUCCUAAACGAAUGUUUUGCUGAGGACUCUUAAAACCAAAAUUCAGACAUUAUGGGAAACAUCGAUGUUAUUUACGGUCAUAAAUUGAAAAAAAUGGCCCAUGCCAUACGUAAAGUUAAAUAUUUUAAUGUUGUUGAUCACUGCUUCCAAAUUUUUACAAUUAUUGACUGUUGAUUCAUUUUAUUUCGGUUUUAAUUGAUUUAUUUGAAAGUAUGUGUAUAUUUUACAACAAAUCUACUUCCAAAAUGCUUUUUACAAGUGGUUAGUUGUAAAAAUGUGGGGGGGGGGUUAAGCCAUCCUAGGCGUAAAUUAGUCAAUUAUUUUUUAAUAAAAAUUAAGAAACUA